GGUUCCACCGUUUUCCUCUGUACUCUACUUGAGCCUCUUCUUCGUCUUCGCUAUCUCCCAAGUCGUAAUUCCUGUUUCGCCAUUACAGCCAGCUCUUGAUUCGUCCAGUUAAGCAUCGAAGCAGCUAUCUGAGAUGACGGAGGCCGCGAUUCGGAACAAGCCUGGAAUGGCCAGCGUCAAGGACAUGCCGAUCCUCCAAGACGGGCCACCGCCGGGUGGAUUCGCACCCGUUCGUUACGCUCGCCGGAUUCCCACCAAAGGCCCUAGCGCCAUGGCGAUUUUCCUUACUGCUUUUGGUGCAUUCUCUUGGGGGAUGUAUCAGGUCGGCAAAGGCAACAAGAUCCGAAGAGCACUGAAAGAAGAAAAAUAUUCAGCCCGGCGUGCAAUAUUGCCUGUACUUCAAGCUGAGGAAGAUGAAAGAUUCGUGAAAGAGUGGAAGAGUUACCUCGAAUAUGAGGCUGAAGUUAUGAAGGACGUGCCUGGUUGGAAAGUGGGUGAAAGCGUUUACAACUCAGGAAAAUGGAUGCCUCCAGCAACUGGUGAGUUACGGCCCGAAGUCUGGUGAUCAUUUUGUUUUGAACAGACUUGACUCAUUUUGUUUGAACUUGUCUGCUCUGCCAAUGAUCCUCGUAUGGGUUUUGCUUGAUUUGUUGGAUCAUAGCCUUCCUUAUGAUAAUAAAAGAAGGGUAGCCCCAUGAGCGUUCUAAUUAACACGUGAGCGUUCCUCGCACUUGGUGUGAGUUGAAUUGUUGAUAUGAUAAAUGACUAUCUAUUAUUUGUAUGGAGCAUAAAAGGGUUUGAAGACAUGUCAUUCCUCUCGUGUUCGCCCUUUUAUGUUGAGUUCAGUUUACUUAAUCUAGCCGGUAAUGAUCUUAGUA